AUGGCAAGUAGAAGUACUGGCUGCUUACUCUGUGUGAAGCGUCGAGUCAAGUGUGACGAAAGACGUCCGGGAUGCGCCAAAUGUGAGAAAUAUGGCACAUCGUGCCCUGGAUAUACGAGGCAAUUCAAGUUUGUAUCUGGCAAGCCUUAUCGCUCUCGCCGUUGUCCACGGAUUGAUGAGGCCGUAUGUGGAAAAGAGGAUCCUGAAUCUAUCCACACUCCCAUGCCAUCGAGCGGUGCAGGAGCGUUGAUUUCAAACAUGCAGCCGUUGACACUUGCUUCUCCGCACUUGAAUGUCCUUCAGAGUCUUUCGGUGCUGGUGGAUGAUCUCUCACAGCCGUCCUCGACGAACUCGACCCAUAUCGUCUCCCGCUGGCUCGGUUUUCUUCCAGCAGCGUAUGGAAGAAACAAGACGCUGGAUGCGACGAUCCACUGCUUUACAGCGCACCAUUUGUCCAAGUUGACGGACAACGAGCAAAUAGCUCGGUAUUCCCGCUCUGCUUACGUCCAGAGUCUCGGAAGACUACGAGCGUCCCUAAACAGCCGUGAAGAGAGUUUAUCCUCGGACAGCUUUUGCGCCGUGCUACUAUUGUGCAUAUAUGAGCUGUUUGCCAACAAUAACGAGGCUGAUAUAUGGAUGAAGCAUGCAAAGGCUGUGAGCCAGCUCGCAGAGAUGCGAGGGCCAAGCUGCUACGAGGAUCCAUUCAAUAACACCCUGCUAAAGGCUGCACGAGGCUUGAUCAUCAUGCACUCUCUCUUCUCGGGUGAAAAGUGCUUUUUGGCGUCGGAAAGAUGGCAUGCUGUCAUGAAACAACGCAUCAACUCCUUCGAUACGGAGGAGCUCGAAAUUCUCCUGGAAGACUUCAUCGCGUUGUUCACUGGCGCGCCGAGCCUUGUUCACGCCUUGUAUGAGAUCAAGGGAGCAGACCCUACGAGUCCGAUGACAUGGAGGAAGAUGUCGGAAACCCUCACCAGAUUCCUCGAGAUGCAGACCAAGUUACAGGCCUGGUACGAACAGUACUCGCGUGUCGCACCACAUCCGCAUGAUAGGCUAUCGUCGACAAACGACACGCGAUACCCGGUUGUUCUCCAUUACACCGAUGUCAACAUCGCGUCUCUGUUUUGCUCUUCCUACGCAUACAUGGCGAUCAUUCACGAAGCGUUCCGAACCCUUGGCUACCCUGGAAACCACGAAGCCAUGAUUGUCUUUUUCCGAGAUCAGAUCUGCAAGUCUGUGGAGUACCUCAGCGCGGGCCUGCUCGGCCCCUAUAGAAUGGGAUUCUCUCUGCUUGUGGCAUUCGAGGUUGCAGAUCCUGCGACGCGACUGUGGAUCAAAGAUCGAUUGAUGGACAUGUCACAGCGCUAUGCGGCGAUGCGGCCCCAGACCUUCGAGCCAAUCCUUGAUUCAGCAAGUAGCCCGACUUCGCCCUAA